AUGGCCGGCGAUACCGAUCACGACACGCUGGUCUUGCAGCUCCUCGAGUUCGUUCCCAAUGCCACACCCGAGCAAGCAACUCAAUACCUGUCAGCAAACAACUGGGAUCUCGACGCCGCUGCAGCAUCGCUCAUGGCUGAUGCUGAUGAGGCCGAGGAGGAUGCUGGCACAGAAGCAGCUCCUGCUUCUUCCUCUUCAGCAGCAGCUGCACCACCCGGAUACACUGGUCCCCGAACUCUCGACGGUCGCCCUGCACAAGGUUAUUCGACUUCUUCCAGCGGCUCGGCCAAGAAGACUCAACCCAAGAAGAAGGGCCUCGCCACGCUGAGUUCACUUGGUGGCGGCGGACAUGAUCACGACGAUGAUGACAGUGAUGACGAUGACGAUGAUCCCCACAGAGACACAUACGCCGGCGGUGAGAAGAGUGGCCUAGCCGUUCAGGAUCCCAAUUCGGCCAAGGGCAAUGCUCAACGCAUUCUGGAUGACCUAUUGGCCAAGGCAAGAUCACAGGCACCACGUCCCGAGGCUUCCUCGGCAGGUCCUUCAACCGCCGCCUCUUUCCGCGGAACCGGCCAGACACUAGGUGGCGAAGGAGUAGAGAGCCGUACGAUCCCCGACCCUCACGGCGCCGCCUCUGCCCCUGCCUCUGCAAACGCACCUGUACAAGAACGACGACUUCACCUCUGGCGCGAUGGCUUUAGCAUUGACGACGGCCCCUUGCGACGUUUCGACGACCCUGAGAAUGCGGAAGCACUGCGCAUGAUUCAGCAGGGCCGCGCUCCCCUUCAACUGAUGAAUGUUCGCUAUGACGAACCCAUAGACGUUAAGCUUGAGCAGCACGACGAGGACUUUAGGCAGCUUCCAAAGGUGUACAAACCCUUUGGUGGCGAGGGCAGACGACUAGGCAGUCCUGUUCCUGGCGACAGCGGCGCCGCCACUGUGCCCGUUGCUGCCCCGCCUGCUUCAGCCUCAACCGCAGCUCCUUCUACUGCAGCUACCAAUGUAGACAGCUCCCAGCCUACAAUCAUGAUUCGCAUUCAGAUGCCCGACGGUACUCGACUGCCGGCAAGAUUCAACACGACUCACACUGUGAACGAUGUGUACAACUUCAUCACCCAGUCGUCACCCGACUUGCGCUCUGGAGGAUGGGUUCUCGCCACCACGUUCCCCAACAAGGAUCACACGGACAAGUCGUUGGUGCUAGGCGAUAUGGCAGAAUUCAAGAAGGGCGGCACAGCCAUGGUUAAGCGAAGCACAUGA